UUUUUUUGAUUGCAUUUGAUGAAUGAGAUGUGAAAGGGUGAGAGAGAAAGAAGAAGGAAAGGAAAGAUGGAUGGUUCUGGGCAGCAGCAGUUCCAGCUCACCCGCUUAGGUCGGAUCUAUUUUCUGCCACUCUUCACUUUCCUCCUUCGGUUUCGUCAGAAGCCACUUGGAACUCCAACACCUUUCCAUCAUCCCAAGUAACACACAACACAACACAACACAACACAACACAGCAACACCAACUUCCUCUUUCUUUCUUUUCUCAAACACAUAAAACCAUAACUAGUUCUAAUUUAAAACACACAACACAACACAACUUUUCCUUUUUAUCUUUUAUUAUUAUUUUCAUAGUAAUAAUAAUUGAAGAAGAGAGAAGAAGCGGCCAGAAAACAAAAUCCCAAGAGACUCUUCCUCCCUCCAUCGUUUUGUUUAAGUGUUAAAUUAAUUAAAUGGGCAAUGUGACGGGAACAGUGGCGGCGAAAUUCGCGUUUUUCCCGCCAGAGCCACCGACGUACGACGUCCGCAGAGAGGAGGAUGGGAGGGUGGUGGUGUCGGGUGUCACCGCCGACAAAAACGUCGACGUUCACAUUCUCCACACCAAAGGUGGCAACGAGAUCGUCGCCACCUUCUGGAAACACCCUUUUGCCAGGUUCACUGUCCUCUACUCUCACGGUAAUGCCGCUGACUUGGGUCAGAUGCACGACCUCUUCAUCGAGCUCAGAGCUCACCUCCGUGUCAAUAUCAUGAGCUAUGACUAUUCAGGAUAUGGAGCAUCUACAGGUAAGCCAUCUGAGUUCAACACCUAUUGCGACAUAGAGGCUGUAUAUAAUUGUUUGAAGAACGAGUAUGGAAUUAAGCAAGAAGAAUUGAUUUUGUACGGUCAAUCGGUUGGAAGUGGACCCACGCUACACUUGGCUUCUAAGUUGCAGAAGUUGAGAGGUGUUGUUCUUCACAGUGCCAUCCUUUCAGGGAUAAGGGUCUUGUACCCUGUCAAGAUGACAUUUUGGUUUGACAUUUUCAAAAAUAUAGACAAAAUUCGACAUGUCAACUGUCCAGUGUUUGUUAUACAUGGAACAAAUGAUGAUAUUGUUGAUUGGUCUCAUGGCAAGCGAUUGUGGGAACUCUCCAAGGAAAAAUAUGAUCCCUUGUGGGUUAAGGGUGGGGGUCAUUGCAACCUUGAAACAUUCCCGGAGUACAUCAAGUACUUGCGCAAGUUCAUUAAUGCAAUGGAGAAACUCUCACUCACAAAACAGACAAACAAACAACUCACACAAAAUCCUAGUAUUACUGAAUCCAGACAUAACAAAUGCUUAAGAUUUGGCAAAAAAUAGCUUUAUAUUUUUUAGGCUUUGAAUGUUGUAGGGAAUCAGAAUCAUGGUUUGAUUGAAGGUUGAGCCCAACUGCAAUAGUGACUGUGCUACUUUGAUUCAUAGAUUCAUGAUUUGGCACCCAAUCAAUCAAUUAGAAUUGAAGAAUGUCUCAAGACCCUAACACCCCCCUUCCCCUCAAAAAAAAAUUUGAAGGAUGUCUCUGAUUCAAAUCCUGUUUAGAUAGCCAUAGCCUAUACAACUCAGGACUGGUGCUUGCCUGGUUAAUUAUAAUGUUCUUGAUUUGGAUUUCUGGCAAAGUUGCUGACUUUGUGUAUAGGUCAAGAUCAUUCUCUGAAGAAAAGAAUGUUCUUAUUCCACCACUAAAAGAAAAGCUGUUGUUUGAUUUCUUUAGGCACACAGUGUAGAUAAUGGGGCACCUAGAUUAUUUAUUUUAGAAGUGGAUCCACAUGUCUUAUAAUCAUCUAGUUGCUUACUAAACAAACCAAGAAUAAUGUGAGGUCCCAUGGGGCUAGUUAACAGCCUUCUGGUUUUGAAAUCAUUAAUAUUUUCUCUUUGCUUCA